AUGGCUUACGAUGACGUCAAGUGCUUUAAGAAUGAGACUCAAGUAGGCACGCAUAAAGAUGAGCAGGGUUUUAUGGAGAAAUCGAAUAAUGUUUUACACAAAACGUGUAUGUUUGUCUGCAAUGUGUGUCAAAAAUCGUUUGCUACUAAAAAACUAAUCAUACUCCAUCUAACGAAAUCACAUAAUCAAAUCUCCAAGGUUAAUGAAAAGUUCCAAAAAGAUGUCAGGGUUCCGGUAUGGCGUGGUAAAAAAUAUUAUCGAAAUGAUAACAGGCACACUAAUGUAUCUAAAUUAAAAUUAUAUAAGCGCCUACAUACUACCAAAAAAUUGUUUAAAUGUAGUGUUCGAGAUAAAUCAUUUGUCCACAACUCUUCUCUGAAAACACAUAAUCGCGUUUAUACAGUUGGGAAACGAUUUGAAUGCCUUGUGUGCAAUAAAACUUUUAACAGUAACGCUAAUCUAGCAGUGCAUAAUCGCGUAAAUACCGGUGAGAAACCAUAUGAAUGCACUGCGUGCAAUAAAAUGUUUAGCACUAAGGGUAAUCUUAAAACGCAUUAUAACGUGCAUACCGAUGAGAAACUAUUCGAAUGCGAUGUUUGCCAAAAAUCAUUUGGCAACAAAUGUACUCUCAAAAUGCAUAUGCUCGUUCAUUUUAAUACGAAAUCAUUUGAAUGCACUGCGUGCAAUAAAAUGUUUAGCAGUAAGGGAAAUCUCAAGAUGCAUUAUAGCGUUCAAACCGGUGUGAAACGAUUCGAAUGCGAUGUUUGCCACAAAUCAUUUGGCAACAAAUUUACUCUCAAAAUGCAUAUGUGCAUACAUAUCAAUACGAAGUCAUUUAAAUGUACUGUGUGCAAUAAAACUUUUAACAGUAACGCUAAUCUAGCGGUGCAUAAUCGCGUACAUACCGGUGAGAAACCAUAUGAAUGCAAUGCGUGCAAUAAAAUGUAUAGCACUAAGGGUAAUCUUAAAACGCAUAUGCACGUGCAUAGCAACAAAAAUGCAUAA